AUGAAUUCAAUGACUUCACCAGGCCCUAUGGCCAAUUCUGUGUGUGUGGUGGUACCCCACAACAGUUAUCCUGUGAUGCCAGGAGCUGUGCCUCAGGUGCCUCUAUAUUCAAACAACCAGCCCCAAAUUCACCUAGUUCCUGGGAACCCACCUGGUUUGAUGCCAACUGUGAAUGAGCUGCCUGCCUAGAAAGUCUUGAAAGAAGGCAAAAUCUUGGGGGCCAUCCAGAUCUUGAUCAGCCUGAUCCACUUAGGCCUGGGCUCCAUCACGCUAAUGGUGCUCUCAGAGUCCUAUAUACCUGUCUCCCUCUACAGAGGCUUCCCCUUUUGGGGAGGCAUCUGGUUUAUCAUUUCAGAAUCACUCUCAGUGGCAGCAGAAAAUCAGCCAAAUUCAUCUUGCGUGCUGAACGGCAGUGUGGACUUGAACACCUUCAGGGCCAUCUGUUCUGCAGUUGGGGUCAUACUCUUCAUCACAGACCUAAGUCUCAUCAGGAUAUACUCUGACCCGGGUUACUACCCUAACCAGAGCAGCCGGAGCAUGAUGGGUGUGGUCAUUCCAAAUGUCUAUGCAGAGAAUCCACCAGUCUUCCCAGAACCACCAAACCCAUUACCAAGGUAUUCCAGUGUAGUCCAAGGCUCCAGAUAA